AUGGGAAUCUAUGGUGUGUACAUUGUAUCAAAAUCAGGUGGGCUGAUAUUCAAUUACGAUUACACCGUGCCCAAAAUCGAAACUGAACAGACAUUUAGUUAUCCGCUAGAUCUAAAACUAUCUUGUGAAAACAACAGACUAUUAGUCUCAUUCGGUCAAAGAGACAACAUCAAAGUCGGUCAUGUGUUAUUAGCAAUCAACGGAGUUCCUGUUUCUGGAAGAAAACUGGAAGAUGGCAAAGACGCAAUAGAAAUGUUAGAUGAUGUAACUAAUUAUCCACUUAAUUUGAAAUUUGGUCGUCCAAAAAUGACUAUCAAUGAAAAGAUAUUCUUAGCCAGUAUGUUUUAUCCAUUAUUUGCUAUUGCAUCACAAUUGAGUCCAGAACCCAGGAGUUCUGGAAUUGAAACUUUAGAAGCUGAUACAUUUAAACUCCAAUGUUUUCAAACUCUGACCGGAGUGAAAUUUAUGGUUAUUGCCGAUCCAACACAUGUAGGCCUCGAACAACUUUUAAAGAAAAUUUAUGAGAUAUACGCUGACUUUGCUCUAAAGAAUCCAUUUUAUUCCUUAGAAAUGCCUAUUCGAUGUGAAUUGUUUGAUACUAAUUUACAAGCACUUUUGGAACAAGCGGAUAAAAAUGGUAUUAAUAGCAUUUAA